GAACCCAGGCAGGGUUUAAGCAGGAUUCCGAAAGCUAAACUCAAAACUUUAUUCUCAUUUCUUCUUCUGUAUCAUCCUCUUCCUCUCUGAAACUCGUCCACGAUGGCGGAAGAGAAAGUGAGGAUUCGUGUUGUGUUUGAGGAUCAACGGAUUCUGAGUAAGUACCAGAAGAAGCAAGGUCUCAAGCGGAGCUGGGUUGUUCUGAAUCCUAAAUGCUAUCGAACUGUUGCAGACUUUACUAAUCAUCUACUUUCCACAUUCAGCCUCUAUCAAGCUUGCCCUCAUGGCCUCUCUCUAUCUAUGGACGGGUUCGUUUUACCACCAUUUGAGUCGAGCUGUCUAUUGAAGGAUAAAGAUAUCGUUUGUGUUAAGAAAAAGAAGGAGCCUUUGUUGGAGAUUGUUGAGGAAGACAGUGAGGAAAAUGUUUGUGCUGCGAUUGAGGCUGAGGAGGGAGCUUGGAAUCUUCCCGGUGAAAUGCUUCUUGCUAAUGAGGAAUUCCAGAAGGAAACUGGGGGAUAUGAAAGUGAGUCUGAGGAAGAGGAGCUUGAAGAGAAAGUCGAAGAGAUUGUGCCGGAGAAAAAGACUUCAAAGAAACGUAAAGCUUCGAGCAAAAGCCUAAGCUCCAAGAGGAAGAAGUGUAAGUUAGCUACUACUGAAGAAAGCCCCAUUGAAAGAAAAAAGGGAGCUAAUGUUGUAAAGAAGAGGAAAUCAUUGGAUGCACAGAGAACUGAAAAUGAUGAACAGGAUGAUGCUAAUGCCAAGCCUAUGACCAACUCAAAGAGGUCCUCGCAACAAGAAGAGAGCAAAGAGCCUAACGAAUUGUGCGACAUGUCUGCUGAAACUAAAAAGACACCUAGCAGAAGUGCUCGGCGUAAAAAAGCUAAACGGCAAUGGUUGAGAGAAAGGACAAAACUAGAGAAGGAAGAGCUUCUACAGAAGCAGUUGGCUGUAGCACCCAGCCAAAAACCAGCCAUCACUAUAGAUCACCAAGUAACCCAGGAAAAUCACUGUGAAGCUCUUGAAAAUCAACAGCCAGAUGAACAUGGUGAUGGUGUCGGGGAUGAAGUGGUUCCUGUGGAAGUGAGGCCAGGCCAUAUUCGCUUCAAGCCGCUCGCUGAAACAGAUCAAGCUUCCCCUGAAACUGAACCUCCUGCGGAAAAUUUCUUGUGGAAUGGAAACAUGACGAAGAAGAAAGGCCAAAAAUGGGGCACAGAGAAGACAGGAUUUUCCAAACGAUAUGCCCAGGAUUUGAAUGAAGGAUAUGCUCAGGACUUGAAUGAAGAUACUUAUCAGACACAGUCCCCUGAAGCUGAGACACUUGCUAAGGGUCAGAUUGACUAUGAAAAGCUUGUGGCUUACUCUGGAGCAGCAAAGAAAGGAGAUAUUAUUGCGUACCGCCUCAUUGAGCUAACAUCAUCUUGGACACCGGAAGUUUCCUCCUUUCGAGUUGGAAAGAUAAGCUACUAUGAUCCAGACUCCAAGAAGGUGACUUUGAUGCCUGUUCAAGAAUAUCCAAUCGAAAAGAAGAUGGAAGAGGACGACGAUUCCUCAAUGCAACCUGAUACGUCUCUUUAUAAAGAAGACGGAACCUUGGAGAUAGAAUUCUCUUCUCUGCUCGAUGUCCGCUGCAUCAAAACUAGCAACUCAGAUGCCACAGAAAUAGUCAAGUCAGCACCGCCCAAACCUGACCAAACAGCUAUAACUCAAAAGCUGAGCACAAGCAACGGUUUGCAAACCCCUGUAAAAGAAAAUGGAAAAGUGAAUCCGUGGGAAGAACUAAGUGAAGCUUUAAGUGCCAAAAAAGCAGAGUUAUCUCAGACCAACAAUGGCUGGAACAAGAAAGGGAGUUCGAGUGGAGGCUCAUGGUCUUACAAGGCACUGCGAGGCAGCGCAAUGGGUCCGGUAAUGAAUUAUCUGAGAUCUCAGAAAGAGAUCUGAGAAAGUAGGACUCCAUCUUUAAUUAUUUUGUUUUUAUGUUGUAAAGGCAUUGUUGAGUUUUUGCUAGGGUGAAGGUCUGUAUAGAGAAAAACGAUGAAUGUGUACUACUCCAAGACCUUUUUGAAACUUUAAGUUGAA